AUGUCCCUUCAAGCUUUGCUAAAUGAGCCCAAAGGCAAGACAACCUACUACGCUGGGCAGGUCUUUAUGCUUCAUGUCUUCUGGGAAGCCCCCAAUCAACGUGCUGCAGAAAGAGUGUUGAGCGCGCUUCAGCGCUGCUCAAAAGCAACACAUCGUGAUACACCUUGUGUUCCGACGUAUUUCUUCCGAAUAUCCACCAUUGAUACCAAGUUGAAGAAUUCAAAGCCUAUGACAAUAGGCCAGCAUCCGCAAAUACGAGAGGCGCAGAAAAAAUUGAAAGUCGGUGUUCCUGUUGCUGCCAUCAAUGCCGACUUGAUGCGGAGAGGACUCGAUCCAGCGCUACUCAACCUUGAUCCUUCAACCCCCUUGCCCGACACCUUGCAAGAAUCAACCGUCAUUUUAGAGCUCACAGAAAUUUAUUUGGACGAGCGUUCAUUUUACGAACAUGCUGGAUCCAGAGACUAUCUCGACGCCUACGGCGAGGUGAUGACUCCUGGUUUGCAAAACAUGCAAAAAACAAUCAGGCUUGGAAACCCAACCCCCGAGCUUGUAGAGAAGAUCCUUGCGCCAAUGCUUCAGGAGAAACACGAGCCUCUGUAUGAAUCAUGCGUGCUGUGGCAACGACCUACAGUCGAGCCGGAAGUAUGUACAUCUAUCUCAAUGGAUAUCCCAGGGGCUGUUGAAMAAGCCGCGAAACUUUUGCCCGACAGUCUGCGGCAAAUGAGCACGACGCUCGUCGCAUUUCCUCAUCCACUCCUUGAAGACAGAGUUAGAAUUUUGAGUAUUUUGCCAGUUUUGCCUGACAGAAAAGUACUCCAGGAUCUAACAUCCCUCCCGCUGGUUGGUAUUGAAGUCCACUGCGAGAAAUCCGGCUUGGAGCUGAUACAAUCGGAGAUGGACUCACUGCCCUUCAAUUGCUUCUACACCAUCAAUGAAGUCAGAUGUGGGUAUCUCAUCCACGAGAAGGCAAGAGAGGUCACUGAAAUUGUCAUGUGA